AUGGUCGCAGUUGCCAUCGAAUACUUUGGGCCGGCGAAAACACACACCAACGGCACGGCGCACGAGAAAGUCGAGCUUGCCGAGCCGGCAACGCUGAACGCGCUGAUCCAGCACGUCGGCCGCUCGUACUCGCCCGAAUUCGCUCAAUAUAUCGUCUCCAGCUGUGGAGUGGUGCUCAACGAGGACUACGUGGAAACCGAGCGCACAGGCACGGAAUCCUUCGGCAGAAACAUUGCUCUCCAGCCAGGCGACGUGUUCGCCCGACUCGACGAUUUUUAUCUCGGCGGUGGGGCGACCGCUCUGCGUGCCGAAUGUCUCAAUUUUCUUCACAGUGGUGUCGUAGCCCUCAACGACCUCGCCAAAGACAACGUGCGCGCCGUCCAGCCAUGGGCAUGGCACGGUGGUGAUGAAAAAUUGCGACCCGUUGGUGUUAGGACCGGCGUUGGCCAUGGAGAGAAGACCCGGCUUGGAGUGCUUUUUCUGGAAGUUCUCGUCCGCGAACCUCUCUCCAUAGAUGGACCUGCCUCCGUAUCCAUUAUGGCUGGUAAUGUCGCCGCCUUGCAGCAUGAAGUUCGGAAUCACUCUGUGGAAAAUGGAGUCCUUGUACCCAAAGCCCUUCUCGUGGGUGCACAAAGCUCUGAAGUUCUCGACGGUCUUUGGAACAACCUCGUUGUACAGGUCGAACACCACACGAGGCUGUUUCUCGCCGUUGAUGGCAAUGUCAAAGUAGCACUUGACUAG